UAACUGAUUACGACUUUCGUAAAGCAGGGAAAUCGUGAACUGAUGCGGCUUUACCUAAGAUUCAUAAUUUAAUGCGGAAUGUGUAAAAGACUUGAAUUGCAGAACAUGUGAAAAAAAGAAGGGGAGAGCCAUCCCGUUAGGUUUAUUGAAAUAUUACUAACAGCUACUGUUCCCAUAAACUGAAAAAUCAAAAUGUAAUUCUGCAAUUUCAGUCUUGAGCUUCCGCGUUCAGUUUCUUUAUGUAACGUGAAUCUGGCAACUCACUUUUUCCCGCUUUGGUUUGAUGUUUGAUCCUUAAAACGUUAGGCAGGAAAACUGUUGUUCCGUGUUAUUUAUAAACAUUCAUUAGAAAAUCUAGUUUGUUAAAUAGUUGUCAAGGGAUUGUAUUUUUUUCAUAAGCUCUUUUUUUUAAAUUGAACUAUUUUCGUGUUACAUUGUUAAUAGCCUGUCUACAAAUGGCUUCGGCAGAUAAUUCUAACCAACCUUCUACAAAUAGUGAUUCUGUACCCAGUUUUGAUACUCCUGAAGGUAGACUUGGACAUUAUUAUGAGCAUGCUGUUACUCAAACUUUAGAAAAAUUUCUUGCAUCUAUUAGGUAUUCAAUAUUCAAGUCAAAAUAUCCAGAGCUGUACAAAGAAUGUGGUAAAGAGUUUAGAGAUCUACACAAGCAAUUAAUAAAUCAGUUAAGAGAUACAAUUACAACAGAUUUAAAAAAUUUAUCCACAGAAACUAAUGUAUUCUCUUCAUUAAAAGCACUUGAUGAUAUGAUUACAAAACAAAGUGACAGAGCUGAUGAAGAUUCUUGGAGACCGUCAGGUAAUCCUGAAAAUGACAUCAGAGACCACGUUCACCAUCAGAAACUAAAGCAUAAGAAAUGUUUGGAAUUUGUUUUGGAAACAUAUGUUGUAGAGAACAAUAAAUUGGAGCAAAUAGUUGAACAAAAUCAUGCAGAGAUUAUGAAGUUAAAGAAAGAAAUUGAUAAUGAUAACCAAGAGGUGCAAAGUUAUUUUGCUGCUGUCAACGCUCUUGAUCUUCUUAAGUUGGAUGAAGAUAUCCAUUCUAUGUUUGGAAAGAAAUAAAAAGAAGAAGAAGCUUAUUUAUCAUUGUUUACAUUAUUUUUGCUUUUGUGACUUGUAUUUAAUAAUAUUGAUUUAUUUAUGUGUAUGUACAUA